AGCUGAAGAGUCUCCACAUGACAGAGUGAGCGCGGCCGGAGCCGGACGCCCCUUCCCGGCCCGGGACACGGAGCCCGCCGGCCCGGGACGAAGAGCGGACGUCGGGCGCGGCGUGUUGGAUUGUCGGGGCCGUCCGUCUACCGGUCCGGAGUGAGUUGCCGCCGGAGCCGGGAGCGGAGCGGAGCCUCCCCGUCCUCCCCACGCAGGUGCCUCGGGGGCCGGGGAGCGGAGCGAGGACCGAGGCCGGAGCGCAGGCUGCUGCCGCCCCUCGGCUUUCCCGCUGUCCGGCCCGGCCCGGGACCCGCCGCGGUUCGGAGGGGUGCGUGAGCGGAGAGAAGGAGGCUCCCCCGGCCGCCGCCGCCGCCUCGGAGGGGAGGCCACCAUGAACGGCUUCCCCCCGGACGAGGUGAGCCGCGGAGGGGACGCGGCCGCCGCCGUGGCCGCCGUGGUGGUGGCCGCCGCCGCCGCCGCCGCCGCCGCCGCCUCGUCCGGCGGCGCCGGGGCCGGGGCGGGGGCCGCGAGCGGGGCCGAGGGGCCGGGCUCCGGGCCGGCGGCGGCCGUGGCCGGUCCCCCCGGCGCGGCGGGACCGGGCCCGGGACAGCUGUGCUGCCUGCGGGAAGACGGAGAGAGGUGCAGCCGUGCGGCGGGCAACGCCAGCUUCAGCAAGAGGAUCCAGAAGAGCAUCUCCCAAAAGAAGGUCAAGAUCGACUUGGACAAGACGGCUAGACACCUUUAUAUAUGUGACUUUCACAAAAACUUAAUUCAGAGUGUCCGAAACAGAAGAAAGAGGAAAGGGAGUGAUGAUGAUGGAGGUGAUUCACCUGUGCAAGAUAUAGAUACUCCAGAGGUCGAUUUAUAUCAAUUACAAGUCAACACUCUUCGGAGGUACAAAAGACACUUCAAGUUACCAACAAGACCGGGACUUAACAAAGCACAACUUGUUGAGAUAGUUGGUUGCCAUUUUAGGUCUAUUCCAGUAAAUGAAAAGGACACCUUAACAUACUUCAUCUACUCAGUAAAGAAUGACAAGAACAAGCCAGAUCUCAAGAUUGAUAGUGGUGUUCAUUAGGAUGUCUGAAAGUGGGACUAAAGCUUGGAUGUACAGAUACUAAGACUGUUUUUUGAGAUACAGAAACAUCCAUUUGUGCUUCCUCCCUCCCCCUACAGAGGAUUUUUCUCUGUCUUUAUUUUCUUUAUUUUUGGUCUUCAUAAUUAGAUGAGAACUCAUGUGAAAUGAGCUUUCAUAGAUGAAAAAAUAUUUUAAAUAAAUGAUAUUACUAUUA